CCUCGCAAUCAGGAAGUGUAACUUUCAAGUGGAGAGUUUUCAGAGCUCUAACUAACUUAGACUAAAACUGUGGACUUUUACUCGUUUAAUAGUCUCCGGCGACUAUCAGAUAACAGGUGUGGCCAAUUGCUGGAGUCCUGAUAGAGACCAUGAACCGUGUCCCCCUUCAUCAGCCACAGAGCUGUGGGCCCUGGGAGCUGAAGGAACGCCUGGGGACCGGAGGCUUUGGGAAUGUCACUAGAUGGCAAAAUAAGGAUACAGAGGAGCAGAUUGCUAUCAAACAGUGCUGCCAGGAGCUGAGUGAGCGAAACAAAGAGAGAUGGUGUCUGGAAAUCCAGAUCAUGAAGAGGUUGGAUCACGUAAAUGUGGUGGCAGCAAGGGAGGUUCCUGAGGGGAUGCAAAAGCUUGUAGCCACCAAUGACCUGCCACUGCUGGCCAUGGAAUACUGCCAAGGAGGGGAUCUGAGAAAGUAUCUGAACCUCUUGGAGAACUGCUGUGGAAUGCGCGAGGGCUCCGUUUUGAUUCUAUUGUGCGACAUUUCCUCUGCUCUGACCUACCUCCACAAGAAGCGGAUCAUCCACCGAGAUUUGAAGCCUGAAAACAUUGUGCUGCAACAGGGAGAGAAGCGGUUGAUCCACAAGAUCAUUGACCUUGGUUAUGCUAAGGAGCUGGAUCAGAGCAGCCUUUGCACCUCGUUUGUGGGAACAUUGCAGUACUUGGCUCCCGAACUGAUUGAGAGGAAGAAGUACACGGUCGCUGUGGACUACUGGAGCUUUGGGACAUUGGUGUUUGAGUGUAUCACAGGAUUUCGGCCCUUUUUGCCAACCUUGCAACCUGUUCUCUGGCACAAUAAACUGCGACUGAAACAAGACAGUGACAUUGUCGUCUAUGAAGACCUUUCCGGUGUGGUCCGCUUCUCCAAACAUCUUCCUCAGCCCAACAACCUCAACAGUCUUUUAGCAGAGAAGCUGGAGAGGUGGCUGCGGCUGAUGCUCAAGUGGUCUCCCGAAGAAAGGGGCAAAGAGCCAGAUGCCACACCCAGCAACUGCUUCUCCCAGCUGGAACUUAUUUUGCAGCUCAAAAUGGUUCACGUAUUGAACAUGACCACCGCCAAGAUCCUGAGGUACGCGGUUGUGGACGAUGAAACGGUGGCCGAGUUGCAGAAGAGAAUCGAAGAAGACACAAGCAUCCCUGCAGCCAAGCAGGAGUUGCUGCUGGAGGCCGGUUUAGCCUUAGAGCCCCAUGGGUUGGCCACGCAGUGCGCCAUCGAUUAUGCCGAGAUAGAUGGCCGGCGGACAGACUUCCCUUUCAUCUUCCUGUUUGAUCGCUCCGCUUGUAGUUAUGAGCCACCACUGACUCCUCGCACCCUCCCUGAAAACAUCUGUUUUGUCCAAAAGGAUCCAAAGCACUUUCUUCAUUACAGCCCUCUAAGGAGGACUUAUGGUCAGGCGUGGCACACCAUUCGUUCCCUGAAGGAGGACUGGCAAAGACUGCAGCAGGGACAGAAAGCAGCCAUCAUGAGUUUGCUUAGGCACAACUCAUCCCUGUCCAAACAAAAGAACGAGAUGGUGUCCAUGCACCAGAGACUCGUGGCCAAGCUGGACUUCUUCACAACCAGCCUUCACAUAGACAUGGACAAAUACCAGGAGCAGACUGCCACAGGGAUUGCUUCAGAGAAACUACUGGGAGUGUGGCGGGAAAUGGAGCAGACUGCCAGCAGCUGUGGUCAGCCCAAAGUGAGUGAACUUGAGGAGGAGAUGAUGCACCUCCAACAAGACAUUCUGGACGUUCAGCGUCAGCCGUGGAGGAGCGGAGAGGCUUUGGACACACUUGAAGGAAAGGCAAUGGAGAUGCUGCGCAAACUACGAGAGAAAACCAAAGAGCAGCGUUGUUCUGGAGAUGGUCAGGAGGUGCUGCGUCUGGUGGUUCAGGCGGUGCAGUUUUAUGAGAGGAAGCUUCGUGACUUCUACACACACCUCAGUAAAACAAGUGUUUGUCGUCAGCGCGUCAUGGAGCUGUUGCCAAAAGUGGAAGGUGUGGUGCAAGAGAUGGCUGAGAGUGAACAGGUCCUGAUGGUUCUGCAGGAGAAGCGUCAAAGGGAGCUGUGGAACCUUCUCAAAGUCGCCUGUAGUAAAGUUCGAAGCCCGGUAAGCGGGAGUCCUGAUGGAUCUCGUACACCUUCUUCAGUGCCUCCUCUGAUGACCCCCCGGCACAGUUUACAGCAGUUGGACGAGUCUCUGGUGGAGGAGAGCAGGACCUUCGAGAGUCGACUGCAGAGUUUGCUGCAUGACACCAUUCAGGAGUCCGAGAGCAGAAUGGAGAUGCUGAGGGAGUGGACAUGGCUGCAAGGGAACAACAGUUUCUCCAGAGACCUCUCCUAGAUUUACAGCGCUUUGCUGCCACCACGGGGAUGUCAGGGCAAAAUACACAUUUGUGCACAUUUAGUCGGGACAUGCUCCUAAUCCUUCAUAAAUUUACUUCUGAUGUCCAGGGUAAAUGCUGUUUACAGUCCAAAGACAAAAACCUCAGACUAUUCCACAGCCUGUGAUGUUAUUCAUGCAUCGAUCAGUUAUAUAUUAACAAAUACUGAGGCAUUAUUGUGUCUCAAUAGAUAACAAUGUGAUUAUGACAGUGAUGUUUGUGCCCAGCAAAUUGAUUGGACUACAAUUGAACCCAAAGGAUCUGGUCUCAACCCAUUGCAUCAACUCUUCAUAAAAUAACAAUUAUGAUGAUGUCAUUUUUUUCCUCCAUCCGUCCAAUUUUUACAGCGCUUGUUUUGGAGGUUAUUCCAGCAGACUUUGGCUGAGAGGCAGGGUACACCCUGGACUGGGCGGCAGCCAAUCACAAGGCAUUUUUUAAACAAUCAUAUCCAAACAUCCACUGCAGUAGUUAAUCCAGUGGAACGUCUAAGGUGUUACUGGUAAUAUUCAUGGUAAUCCACAAAGGUUGAAAAUAUUUGUGAGGACGCCUAUAAAUUGAUCAAGAUGAUCAUUUAUGCUGCCUAUUUCCCUCACAGUCUCCUCUUGUGACUACAGCACAGCACGAGUGAGGACACGGCCAGUCGGGCCGCCAGUGACAAUGUAUUGACAUCUCUCCCCUAACGAUAGUCUCAUGCCAUUGAAAGAGUGCCAACUAACAAGCCACCAGGCAUCUGAAGAACCGGUUGGUAUGCAAAACGAUCUGGCAACAACGAUAAGCCUAUUGUGACCACCCCCAGGGGACAUUCCCACCAGAGAAAUAAAUAGGAAGACGCCACACCUCAAUUUUACAACAAAAUAUUCCUUUUGGAUUAAAGGUGAAACAUCUUCAACAAACAAGAAUAGUCCAGUUGGCUCGAUUCAACCUUUGCAAAUAUUUGCCACGUGUGUUAUAGUGAUUCUAUUAGUAUGUUGUACUGUGGGGUGUUCCUAAUAUUUUGGUUACCUUAUUUACCUGCAUGCAGAGGUGUACCUGGUGAAGUUGACAUAUGUAACGUUGUCCUGUCACAAUAGAACAACAGCAAACACUGUACAGCAGUGGUGUGCAAAGUAUGGCCCAGGGGUCCACUCCAACCUACACUCCAACCCUUAACCUGGCCCAAGAAUUAUGGACAUCAGCAAGAGUCCUGUAAUAUUUGUUACAUUAAUUUAGUCAUUUUAUCUAAAAUUGAUUCAUUCAAAUGUACUUAUUUAAUUUUCAAUCUUUUUUAUUCAUUUAUCUCAAUAAAUAAUUGGUUAAGUGAUUUAUUGUAGCUCAUAAGCAUAAGGACACUGAGCGGCGGGCUGAACUGGAUAAUCGUGAAAAUUCCCACUGCACACUAAGCAAUUGACCCUUGCACACAUUAACUCACUGCAACGGGAAAAACGAAAACCCCUUGUGUUCUUAUCGUGAAAGAGUGUUUUGAGGCGCCACAUACGCUCUAAUCUAUAUUUAUUGCACUGCAAACAACAUCGCAUAGUUGUCAAGCAAGAAGCGGAUUUCCCAGGCCACUGUGGCUGUAUUAUAAUAAUACAAAGAGAGAAAAGGGGCGGAAAUAGUUUGUCUAUAAAAGAGUGUGGAUAUUUCAGAGGCCAUUGGUUCCAUUAAUUGACUGUAUUCAUGCAUUUCCAUGAUAGAGACUCUCCACGCUUUGCUUUUCUUUUAAUCCACAGGUAUAUGCAAUUAUCAAUUUGGCUAAGUAUUAUUGUAAAACAAUAUAUAUACUGUGUGUAUAAAUAUAUAUCCAUCCAUCCAUUCUAUUAAUCGCUUAUCCUCACUAGGGUUGCGAGUAUGCUGGCACCAAUAUCAGCUGACUCCAGGCGAGAGGCGGGGUACACCCUGAAUUGAUUGCCAGCCAAUCACAGGGCACAUAUAAAGAAACAACCAUUUGUACUCCCAUUCACACCUAGGGACAAUUUAGAGUCUUCAAUUAACCUACCAUGCAUGUUCUUGGAAUGUGGGAAGAAGCCAGAGUACCCGGGAAAAAUCCACCCAGGCACGGGGAGAACAUGCAAACUCCACACAGGGGAGGCCGGAUUUGAGGAAUUGUUGUUGUGAAAGCUUGCAGGCAUUUCGGCGGCAGACUCUCCAGGCUUCGCUUUUUCACUCACCUACAAUAAUGAGAAUUAAUCGACAGUUGAUUAUUAAAAUAACCUCUUUUACAGAGACAUUUUAACUUUUUAACCUCAUCCAUGAAUGACCCAACCCAUCUAUCUGUCUGUUUUAAAUAAUUAAAUGUGCCUUUCAGCACAAAUGUUGAGCAAACCUGCUGCACAUUGUUCACUGGGGCAUUUUCACAAUUAAGACAUGAAGUGAAAUAUUCAACUAAAAACAGCACAGGCUCAGGGAAAGUUCUAGUCCAUUCCAAAAUUACCUUGGGGUUAAAGGCUGCUCUGCCUGGCUCCUUUAUAAUGUGUUUCUCACCAUCUAUUGGUACUAAGGAGAAGGGAGGUGUUAAUAUAUUCGUAAUGGGUUGUAAUGUCCCAUGAACUGCAGUAAUGUCGUACGUUAAGACAGUGAUAUCAUUUUGCAAUUUUGUGGUAUUUUGUUUGUUAAUGUCAAGAUGUUUGAGGGCACAAAAAACACGUUCAUCAUUGUAUAUACAUUAUUUUUUUAUUCCACUGAUUAAAUAAAAAAAAAAAUCACUGAG